CAUGCGCGAAUGUGCUAGCUACGGCAGUUUGCUACGAACCAUUACGGUGGUGCUACGCGUCUCUCCCUCUCUCUACGACACCGUAGCUUCUCCGGUUAAAAGCACGUGUUUCAAGUUGUGAAUCAAGUCUCGCUACUACCCGAUCCCAUCUACGACUGCUAUCAUGCGAGCGAAGAUGCGAGCAAUUUUUCCAACGAUGUGGUUGGUGCUAUCGGCUUUUCUCCUGACCGAGUACUACGCUGAGGCUGCUUCCUCUAAAGACGUAGUGAGCCGGCGCUGCCAUCAGUGCGGCGUGGAUACCGACGUGAAAGAGGGAGUUGGCGAGCCAUGUGGCUCGAGACUCGGUCCCGUACGCGCUACGCUCUGCCCUGCCGACCAACCUUAUUGCGCGACUGUUGCUACGUCACCAAAUUUUACGUCUGUGGUCACGUGUGCCGCUACCGCCGAGAAACCAUGCUCGCUGACCUACUCCGAUGAACAAUACACUAUGUUAUGCGUGUGCACUUCCCACUUGUGCAAUGCUCCUUUCAGCUCGCAGCUGCGCCAAGAGCUGAUCGACUUCUCCCGCACUCACAUUCCUCGCAAUGGCAGCGGCACAGACUUCGUAGAGGCGCUCUGGAACGUCUCCCGCUAUGGCGACACAGUUGACGAUACUGACAGCAUCUAUAAACUUAUCACUGUCCCCAUAAAGCAGACCAUCUUUUUCCCAAAAACUACGACAAUUACCUCGAAAACUCAAUGGGUGAAUUUGACUAGUGAGAUGUCGGUGGUUGCGAUGCUUGGCGAGAUACCGCGCGCGGAGGCAUUCAAGAACGAAGCCACCGUACCGUCCAGCGAUGACGAGGAUUUCGUCGAGGGUAGCGGCUCCUACGGAAACACACACGCUCAGCAUCACUCGCCCUCCGCCCCCGCCGCACCUAGCUCCUACCUCCCCGCUGAUGAAAACGGCGCUGCUACUCUCGCUCUUGAUCUUGCUACACUUGCCUCUCUACUUCUUUAUGCUAUACAGUAGAGAGUUGAAAAUAUAAAAAUGUAGUUGUACCUAUUCGAAUUUCUUUAAAAAUAUAACGAUAUUACGGAUAAGUAUUUAUAAGAAGAAUUUAAAACAUAAGUAAAUAAUUUGUAGAAUUGACUUGACUUGUUGUGGGAACAAAAAUAAUUUUUUGUAACUUAACUAUACUUUUAUUACGAUUAACGUCUUAAACAUAAAACGAUGUGUUCUCCAAUUUAAAAUUCGGUCCUAUCGUGUUUGGUAGGGCGGAAAAUCCGUUUUUAUAAUUUUAGUUACCUAAUAUAUUUUACCUUAAAACUAAGGUCCUUGUGCCAAAUAACUAGUUUUAGUUUUUUAAAUAAAUUUAAACUUUUACAAAGUUAUCACGUCUAAAGUUAAGUAAACUCACGUAAAUGUGUAAGUACUUCACUAAAUAAAAUGGGACGUUGCUGGUAAGGAAAGGACUAUACUCUUACAAGUACAAAAUGAAGAAUAAAGGAUAUUGACUACUUAUGAGAGGGAU